UAAAACUGGACAGACAGCCACCACCCAGAGCUGCUGCUCCGUCCAUCUCCAACCUGUCACUCUCCAAUUGGAUGGAUGCACUGCUUGCCUUCCACACCUAGCCUUCCAUUCCACCAAUGCCAUUUCUGCAAGAUUGAGAGUAGCCAAUCGGGUAGGCCAAUAACUCACACCUUGAAAUGCACGAAUAUAUCAUCAAAUUUUUGACAAUGCAUGAAUGAAUCCCAUCCAUGCAAAAUUCAAUGCGGUGUGUUGCUCCAGCCGGCCAUGCUUCUGUUUGCGCAUCCUGAUUCUUGAAUCCACACCUGCCUAUAAAAUCUGCACCUCCAUAGCUCAUUUCUUGCAACAACUCACAGCAUCCACCAAUCAUCAGAGAGAAGAAGAAGAAGAAGAAGAGAGAGAGAAGAGAGAUUGCAAGUGAGGUAGCUCUGCAAGAAAGGGAGGCAGCCAUGGCGACGGCGGCGGCGAGGGCAACGACGCGGCUCGGGCUGGCGCUGGCGCUGGCGGUGGCGGUGGUGGUGCUGGGCGUCGCCGGGAGCUGCAGCGCGCAGGACUACGACUUCUUCUUCCUGGUGCUGCAGUGGCCGGGGUCGUACUGCGACACGAGGCAGAGCUGCUGCUACCCGCGCUCCGGCAAGCCGCCGGCGGACUUCGGCAUCCACGGCCUCUGGCCCAACCGCGACGACGGCAGCUACCCGCAGAACUGCGACCCUGACAGCGAGUUCGACCCCUCCAAGGUGAGCGACCUGAUGGGCAGCCUCCGGUCGGAGUGGCCGACGCUGGCGUGCCCGAGCAACGACGGCGUCCGCUUCUGGUCGCACGAGUGGGAGAAGCACGGCACCUGCGCGGAGUCCGCCCUCGGCGACGAGCGCGGCUACUUCCAGGCGGCGCUCCGCCUCCGCUCGCAGCUCCCCGUCCUCGCCGCGCUCCGCGACGGCGGCGUCUCGCCCGACGGCGGCUACUACACGCUGGCCCAAAUCAAGGGCGCCAUCCAGCGCGGCACCGGCCUCCAGCCGUUCGUCGAGUGCAACCGCGACGAGUCCGGCAACACCCAGCUCUACCAGCUCUACUUCUGCGUCGACGCCGCCGGCGACCGCUUCAUCGACUGCCCCGUCUCCCCCGGCGGCCGCCCCUGCUCCGGCAGCAGGAUCGAGUUCCCGGCGUUCUGAGCCUCUGUUUUUACUCCUAACCAAGCAGCUCCUAUUAAUUUGAUCUAUUUCUCCAUGGUUAUUAUUCAUGUAAUUAAUCUGGCGUGAUAUUGUUUUUUUUUGUUGCAAUAAAAGGAUGGCCAUGUAAUGUAUUUCCCCCGCAUAAUUCGGAUAAGUUCAGGGGAUCAUAUAAAUCAAGGAAAAUGGAAUAGUAUUUACGUGAAAUUUUA